UUGCUCUUGGGAUUUAAACCUCAACGGCCGGCGGUUAACAGCACGUUCAGCGCGUGGGUUGGCAGUGCCCCUGCGCAAACUUCGGGAACGCUAACUGAACCUGCGUGCUCCGCUAGCUACUGGCAGGACGCGGUGCGGCGAGCGGGCUUCGGCGACGCGGGUUUUUUUUUUGACUUGAAUGCAAAUACCAAUCAAGGCACAUUGAAACAAGAAGGUCCUACAGUGUAGGAAAGCAAUGAAACAACUUGCACCUGAUGGACAAAAAUGGGCCAGUAUGGAUCCAGAAGAGCAAAUGUUGGUAGCUGCUACAGCUUUUACCCACAUCUAUGCAGGACAGGGUAAAGGAGAUGUCAGGAGAGAGGCCCAAUCUAUCCAAUAUGAUCCCUACAGUAAAGCUUCAGUAGCCCCAGGGAAGCGACCUACUCUUCCUGUGCAACUACAGUACCCACGUGUGGAAAGUAGUAUCACUUCAGAAGCAGUCUCUGAGGCCUCCCAAAGACUCCGAAAGCCAGUGAUGAAGAGAAAGGUGCUGCGUAGAAAGCCAGAUGGGGAAGUGUUAGUGACAGAUGAGUCGAUUAUCAGUGAAUCAGAAUCUGGUACAGAAAAUUAUCAGGAUCUCUGGGACUUAAGACAAAGGCUGAUGAAUGUGCAGUUCGAGGAAGACAGGGAAUCCUCAUUUGAUAUUUCACAAAAACUUAAUCCACCACAUGAAUACCAAGGAAUUUCUCAAGAUCAGCUCAUUUGCUCUCUACAAAAAGAAGGAAUGGGCUCUCCAGCUUACGAACAAGACCUGAUUGUUGCCAGCAGACCCAAGUCCGUUAUUCUCCCAAGGCUGGAUCAGUUAAGCCGAAACCGGGGCAAGACAGACCGGGUAGCCCGGUAUUUUGAGUACAAACGGGACUGGGACUCAAUGCGCUUACCUGGUGAAGAUCAUAGGAAGGAAUUACGCUGGGGUGUCCGAGAGCAGAUGCUCUGUCGAGCAGAACCCCAACCCAAACCUCAGCACAUAUAUGUCCCAAACAAUUACCUAGUACCAACAGAGAAGAAAAGGUCUGCACUCCGUUGGGGUAUUCGUUGUGACCUUGCAAAUGGUAUCAUACCCAGGAAGCUUCCCUUCCCUCAUUCUCCUCCUUAAAUCUUUUUUAAACUGUCUUCUUUCACAGGAUUGUUUGAGAUAACCUGGCUCUUUUUAUCUUUCCUUUUAAAUAGAAACAACUGACUUGAAAAGCUCAUAGAACAUUUUACAGUAAGGACUUCACCUAUCACUGGUCUUUCCUAGCUAUAUAUCACAUUGAUGUCAUAUAAAACUUCCAAAUUAACACUCAAAUCCAGCAAUUGCAAGAUAUAUUGGAGAAAGAGAAACAGAUCUGGUCUUUCUAUUUUGUCAAAUUAGUAUUUUGCCAAAUCAGUAAGGGCCCUUUGUGUCCUAUAACCUUUUUUACCUAUGGCCAAUGUGAGUUGCUGUGCUUUUAUGUGUAUUUUUUAAGUUGCUGGGCAUUACAUUUAUCAAUUAAAGAAUUUUGGAAAUUCA